GUACGCAUGCCCUCCCUGCGAGGCACUGCUGCUUUCAACAACAAGCAGAAACCAGCAACAUGGCCGACCUGGGGAAGAAGUAUUGCGUGAACUGCCUAGCAGACGUUACAAACCUGCGGCUUCGCUGUACCGAUUGCCUGGAUAUUGAACUUUGUCCAGAGUGUUUCUCUGCGGGUGCCGAAAUUGGUAAUCACCGCCGAUGGCACGGCUAUCAGUUAGUGGAUGGCGGGCACUUUACCCUGUGGGGUCCCGAAGCAGAGGGAGGAUGGACGAGCAGGGAAGAGCAGUCGCUACUCGAUGCAAUCGAGCAGUAUGGAUUUGGAAAUUGGGAGGAUAUGACUGCCCCAGGCAGGACCCCUCAAGAGGUCAUGGACCAUUAUGUCACCAUGUACAUCCACGGUAACCUGGGAAAAGCUUGCAUACCAGACAAUAUCCCCAACCGUGUGACUGACCAUACCUGUCCAAGUGGGGGUCCCCUUUCCCCGAGCCUGACCACCCCGCUGCCCCCGCUGGACAUCUCUGUCGCCGAGCAACAGCAGCUGGGCUACAUGCCACUGCGGGACGACUACGAGAUUGAGUACGACCAGGAGGCGGAGAAGCUGAUCAGCGGCCUGUCAGUCAACUACGACGACGAGGGUGAGAUCGAGAUGAAGCGGGCGCACGUGGACAUGUACGUGCGGCGGCUCCGAGAGCGCCAGCGUCGCAAGAACAUCGCCCGUGACUACAACCUGGUGCCUGCCUUCCUGGGGCGGGACAAACGGGACAAGGAGCGGGAGCGCCCCAGCUCGGGAUUGGCUGGACCUGGAGCCGGGGUAGGCGGCGCAGGGACGGGGGCUGGCAGCGGAGGGGGAGUGGUCUGUGGAUUGGGGGUCGCUCCCACGGGGGCAGGGGGUGCCUCCACCGUCCCAGUGGUGCUUCCGUCGGCGGCACCUAAGAGGAAGAUCACCAAGGAGGAGAAGGAGCAGCGGGUGAAGCUGCGGCCGCUCUGCCAGCUGAUGGCGCACCGCGAGUUUGAGGAGUUCUUCGAGAACCUCCACAAGGAGCGAGUGCUGCGCGCCAAGGUACGAGAGCUGCAGCGCUACCGCCGUAACGGCAUUGCGCGCCUCGACGAGUCGGCCGAGUAUGAGGCCGCCAGACACAAGCGCGAGAAGCGCAAGGAGAACAAGAGUGUGGCCAAGCGCGGCAGCGCGGGCGGCGGAGGAGGCGGCCAGGGAGGGGGAGGGGGAGGCAGCGGCGGCGGUGGUGGGGGCGGAGGUGCCAGCACGUGCCCUGGAGGAGCAGGCGGUAUCAAAGAGGAGGGCAAGGACGGCGAGUUCUCGGCCAUCGAGAACCUGUCAGGCUUCGAACUGCUGUCCGACCGCGAGAAGGUGCUCUGCAACUCACUCAACCUCACCCCAGCACGCUACCUGACUGUCAAAACCAUCAUCAUCAAAGACCACCUGCAAAAGAGGCAGGGGAUUCCUUCCAAGAGCCGGUUGCCCAGCUACCUGGACAAAGUGCUUAAAAAGCGCAUACUGAGCUUCCUCACGGAAAGUGGCUGGAUAUCCAGAGAUGCGUCCUAACAUCCUGGAAAAAUUGACAGUUUUUUCCUUUUCUUCUUGUUUGAGAUGGGGCCAAAUUACUGGACACCACAAGCAGUCCUUCUGAGAUGUCCAGGUGUGAUCACACUUACUGAUGUACAGUUGAGAAACAGAAACAAUACUCCCUGUUUAAAAAAAAAAAGAAGGAAGAAAACA